AGGGUCCAGAGCCGAGGCAAGAUGGAAAUCAUGUAGCAGCGCCUUAAGGGCGGGGGUGGCCAGCUCUGCGGGAGGCUCUUGCUUCAUCCCGAGCGUGCAAAGACAGGUUGCGGCUGUUCGGGAGCUCUGCGUAUGCGCAGAAAUUCUGCGCUGCAUUAUACUCUAAAAGUCUUUCUUUCCGAGUCGUAGCUCGACUUUCGCCGCAGAAUACAAGAAGGACUCUAGGAGGGGGCGUUGAGAAGCCACUCCUUUGCCGCAGAGACUUUCUUGCCGCGAGCGAGCGUGCAACUGCGAAGCGGCGAGGAAAGCUGUGGAGAAGUGCGACGUAGUCGUCAGCCAAGGCACUGCUUCUGCGUGCGAGAGGAAGGAGCCGGCGCGCUUGCCUCGCCUUGGUUUUGAAAAGCGAACGCUGCGGGAGGCUCCUGGGCUCGGCGCCUGCUUCUCUCGGGCCGCGCAUUGAUCUUGGCUGAGCAGCCGGUGCUUGCUUGGCGCGCCCUCUUACCGCAGCGGCCGAGCUGCACUCCCGCCCGCUUUUCUCUCGUCGUGCCCCUCCCGGUAGCCGCCGCCGCCGCCAGGAUGAUGCAGAUUUGCGACUCGUACAGCCAAAAGCACUCCCUCUUCAAUGCCAUGAACCGGUUCAUCGGGGCCGUCAACAACAUGGACCAGACGGUGAUGGUGCCCAGCCUGCUUCGGGAUGUGCCUCUCAUGCUGGAUGAGCUGGACUCGGGGGGCCGCUGCGGAGAAAGGGAGGCCCAGCUGACCCCCAACGGCGACAGCUAUUGCUCCUGCAGAGAUAUGUACAGUCACUACGUGCUGCUCAAGUCCAUCCGCAACGACAUCGAGUGGGGCGUGUUGCAGCAGGCGAGCGAGGAGGCUGCCAGCAGGAAGAAGGACAAGCUGAACGGAGGGCCCGGCGCUGUGGACAUUAGCCGGGGCAUCUCCGAGGAAGAAGAGGUGGAGGAGGAUCUGGAGAAGCAGUUUCAUUACCACUUGAGCGGACUGCACACUGUGCUCUCCAAACUCACCCGCAAGGCCAACGUGCUUACCAACAGAUACAAGCAGGAGAUCGGCGUCAACAACUGGGGGCACUGAGUCAGGGAGGGGGAAAACCUGGCCUGCCUGCCUGCCUGCCUGCCUGCUGGGGUGAGAGAUUCCGGGGAUGGGGAAACGGGGGACUGGAAAGGGCUAGGGAAGGAUGCUAGCAGGAGGGAAGUGUGUGCUGUGUGUGAGAGGGUGUGUGUGUGCGCAUGCAUAUAUGUUGAAAGAGAUGCUACUUUGUCAUUUUGUGGAAGGCAGCGAAGGCACAUCCAGGACAGUGGGACAUAAAAGUGUCUGGAAGAGAAGAAGAUGGAGAUGAAAAGGUGGGGUGGAGAUGCUAGGCAAAUCCUACUGGGGGUUUGUUGCUGGCAACUAAAUAUUCCGGGAGGCAGGGGGAUAAAUUUCCAUCUGAGUAGCAGGCAUAGAUAGGCUGCCAACUACAGAGUUUCCAGAUGUUGAGGACUCAGAAGGAUGUACAGUGGCCCAGGCCAGUUACUGAAAGUGUGUGUGCAAUCACUGGAAGACAGUGUGUGCACACGUGUGUGGUGGCGGCAACAGUAGUGGCAAUUGCAUCACUUCUUUCCUGUUUUUGCACUACUUUUGUAAUGUUAAUAUAUAUGUAUAUAAAGCCUAAGAAUUAUAUUCCUUGCAUGCUCUUAGAACUGGAGGUGUCUAUUUUUUACCAACAGAAAAAUGUACGUUCAUCUGUACUAGUUAAUUUUUUAACAGAUCAGGUGAACAGUUAUUGUUCUCCUUUGAAUAAAGACACUUACCUUUCCAUACCAUGUAGAACUGGUUGAUAUGAGGCUGCAAAUAUGCCAUUAAGAACUGUUUAUAUUUUAUUGCAGAAGAUUAACCAGUUAACUAAUAUGCAUCCAUUUUUCAAUGGAAAUAUAAAGGUCCCAUUGUUCUACUGCAUUGAAUACUAUUUAAAACUUUUUUAUUCAGAUGUAGAGUAUAUUCUAAAAUAAAUAAGUAAAUAUAUUGACUUAAAUGGA